UCUUAAUUUGAUGGUGUAGUAGAUUUAUCUAAAAUGUUCAUCUUGUAUCACUUGUGCCAUUGACAUUGGUAUUUCAUGAAUAAUGUUAAAUAUCUCUCGGUAUGACAGACAAUUAUUUUCUCUUUGACACAGAUUGACAGAAACAUAGAUUUAUAAAUGUGCAAUUGGUUUGGGGUGAAGUUAAAAGCAAAAAGUGGAUUUCAAAAUCAAUGGCAAGGAAAACAUGACACCUGGGGAGUUCGACCAAGUGGACUAUGAAAACAUAGAUCUGUUAUCUAUGGCCAAUCUGGCAGUUUCCGCAGAAUGUGAACAAGGAAUCACAAAUAUGUACAAUGACUUCAAAGAGGACACAUUGAGCGAAUUCAUCGUAUUGGAAAAUUCGAAUACAUUAAAAUCGUCAUAUAGCGAAAUCAACGAUAACAAUUUCUGCUUGGAGAAUUUCAUAAAGAUAAUUGAUUCUCAGAACGACGCGUUUUUGCCGAAUCUGAACGGUAUUGCAGAAAAUAGAGCUUUUUUGACCAACUCAGCUAAUUUAGAAGAAAAUGGAAAUAACUCGAAUUAUUUUCACAGCAGUGUUUCAGUUCUUGGUGUGGACUUGGACUUGUAUAAUGAUUGUCAAGAUUCGAAUUCUGAAAGUGUGCUAAGUCCUGACUUGGAUAAUUUGAUUAAUCAAACCGUAAUUGAUCUGGGACUCAAGGAUUUCAACUCAAGGAUGGAAGAUCUAUUCGAGAAUGAUAACCUAAAUCUAUUAGAAAGUGACGUUCCAGCUGAGUCUUUCUUAAACAUACCAGUAGAAACAGAAGCAUCGAAUGCUAUGGCCAUAUUCGAAAUGUUUCCCCACAUCAAAGACGAGAAAAAUAGAAGAAGAAGAUCACUUCUCUACGAGAGCUGCUAUAGGCCUGACACUUCAACCCAGAAGAAAACAAAGACUGAAGAAAAUAAGCCUCUUUCAAAGAAAAAUACUGCAUUACUGAAUCACGACUACGCCCAGAUAAACUUCGAAGAUACCAAUUGCUUUCCCUGUCCUAUAAGCAACUGCAACAAAUUCUACACCAAACUGUCACAUUUGAAGGCUCAUUUGCGGAGGCAUUCAGGUGAAAAACCCUUCGCUUGCAACUGGAUGAAUUGCAAAUGGAGGUUUUCCAGGUCCGAUGAGCUUGCUAGACACAAGAGGUCUCAUUCUGGUGUUAAACCUUAUAAGUGCGAUCUUUGUGAGAAAGCUUUUGCCAGGUCUGAUCAUUUGGCUAAACACAGGAAGGUCCAUAAGAAGAAAAUGGCAUUGUAUGGCAGUCACAACAUUAAGAGGAAAGUGAAAUAUAGCUGAGGUGAUAUUCAAGCUCGUGUUUUGGAAGUCAGUUUGUUUUUUGUGGAAAUUUUAGCAGAAAUGAUGAAGAAUUGUAAAAAUAAAUUUUAAGAAAGUUUGGAUGUUGAUGAAUAAAAUGAUCAGUUGGUGA